AUGCCCGCACCGUUGUAUACCCAACUAUCUGGGGCCAGCGCCAACAAGAACGGCCAGCCAAAGAGACUGAUUGUGUGUUGCGAUGGGACGUGGCAGGAUUCUCUUGGUGCUAGGGACCAGGAACCCCCCUCCAACGUGACGCGCAUCUCCCGCGUGCUCUGCCGCACUUGCAGCGACGGCACCCACCAAGUCAUCAGCUACCACGCUGGCGUGGGCACGGCCAACUCGCUCGACCGCUUCACCGGCGGCACCUUCGGCAUGGGCCUGGACCAGGAUAUCCGCGAGGUCUAUAAUUUCAUCUGCACUAACUACGUCGACGGCGACGAUAUCAUUCUCAUCGGCUUCUCGCGCGGAGCGUUUACUGCGCGCUCCGUUGCGGAUAUGAUCGCCAGCGUGGGGCUGCUGACGCCGGACGGGCUGGACUAUUUUUACGAGAUUUUUGAGGACUACGAGAAUAUUGGGAGUACGUCCCGGCCGGUCGAGGAAUUUUUGGUGGGGGAUUUGGAGAAGUAUGAUGGGAGUGUGGGCACGAAAAAGGGGGAAUGGGAGGCGAGGAGGAUGGAGAGAUAUAAGAACGCGCUGAAGGAGCGCGGAUUUACUCGUGAUACCUACCAAGACGGCAGCACAGUAAUUAAAAUUAAGGCUCUCGCCGUUUGGGAUACCGUCGGCACGCUGGGCAUCCCCCCUGCCCCGGUGAUAGGGGUUGAUAACGCCUUCCAGGCCAUCGCCCUUGACGAGCCACGCUAUGCCUUCCGUCCGUCGCUGUGGGAGCGCGCACCGGGCAGCACAACACGCCUCAAGCAGGUUUGGUUUCCGGGUUCACAUUCGAAUGUCGGGGGCGGCUGGGAGGACCAGCAGAUUGCCGAUAUCACGCUGGCUUGGAUGGCCGACCAACUCUCCUCGCUCGGCGUCGAGUUCAACUUCAAGCGCAUGAUGCACACCUUCACCGAGACCCUGCGCUUCUCCGCCGCUCAUCCCUUCCCCUACGUCCCGAUCCUCUCACCAUCCUUUUCCUCACUCAAAUCCCUCGUAACUCGACCCGUGCGCUCCCUCCUCCCGUCGAAAUCGACCUCGCCUUUGCCCUGGGCCUGCUCACCCAUCUACCACUCCCCUUUCAACACCUCAAAAGACUCUUCGUCCCCCAACGGCGGCACGCCCACCUCUUCUUCUGACUCCGACUCCCUCAAAUCGAAGACGAAACAUAAGAAAGUGAAACGCUCCCCUGGCCCCUGCACCCUCCGCACAACCUCUUCCUGCUCGGCCCCUCAUCCAGAACCAUCUCUCCCCCCGGCGACGUUAUUCACGACCUACGGCGCCCGCCCCUGGUCCCUGGGCCAGAUCCGUCGCCCCACCAGCGUCAUGACCACCAUGGCGGGGACAACCAUCCGCCGGCCGGGGAGAACCUUGAGAGUAGAUGAGACCACCAAUGAGGACACCGACGAGCCGUUGCUUAACACCGGCGAACGGAUCCACUCCAGCGUGCGUGUAAGACUUGCGUGUCAGGGUCUAAGCGUGGAUGACGAGUCCCUGUGGGCGUGUGAAGCCCUUCUUGGCGCAGGCUGGGUCCUGGAACGCGGUCGCGUAAGCGAUUCUUCUGCUACUGUCUGGGAACCUGGCGAGGAGGAGUACGUUGCCAAAUGCUUGCGCGACGGGCCGAGAGAGGUGACUGACCUCGCGUGGUGCGGGGAGUAUCCUUCUAAUGGGGUGUAUCCUGUUAAGGAGGGGGAUCGUGAGUGGAAAUGGGUGUGGAAGGGGAAGGUGAAGGGGAAGAAUGGGGAAGAGGAGAUGCAGGUGCCGCAGGAGUUGGAGUUGCCUGAGGAACCGUUGUGUGGGUAUUGGGAGAGGGUUUUGCUGGGGUUGAUGUGUGGCGAGGUGGAUGUUUGGAGGUGGGCUCUAGGGGCGUAG